AUGACUUCGAACAAUCAUGCUUCGAAUGCCGACAAGGUGGGCGAGAGACCCUCCAUUGAGAAGAUGGAGAGGACCAACUCCGACAGCGAACACCAUCGCAGCAUGACCAGACGAAUAUUGUGGAAGAUGGACACGAGAGUCUUGCCUGUCCUUGCCCUCCUCUUCCUCUGCUCUUUCCUCGAUCGAACCAACGUCGGCAACGCCAAGAUCAUCGGGCUUGAAGAAGAUCUCAACAUCUCCAACAAGCAGUAUAACCAGGGGUUGGCAGUCUUCUAUGCCACAUACAUCGCCAGUGAACUUCCAAGCAACCUGGUCCUUAAAAAGGUCACGCCCAAGAUCUGGCUGCCUUUCCUGACCAUCAUCUGGGGCCUUAUCACCAUGUGUCUGGGAUUCGUAAAGAACUUUGGAAGCUUCUUUGGGGUGCGGGCCCUGUUGGGAAUUGCCGAGGGCGGCCUUCUCCCAGGAAUGGUGCUCUACCUUUCCGGCCUCUAUACUCGCCAGGAGAUGGCGCUACGAAUUGGCAUCUUCUAUACCGCUGCCUCUUUGUCGGGUGCAUUCGGCGGUCUUCUAGCACGGGGGCUCUCUGCUAUUGGUCCACGGGGUGGUCUGGAGGGUUGGCGAUGGAUCUUCAUCAUCGAAGGGCUGAUUACCAUACUUGCGGGCAUGGUGGCAUAUCUCUUGCUUCCAACAAGCAUCGUCGCUGCUCCUUACCUCACUGAUGAGGAGAAGGAAUACGCUGCAAGGAGGCUUCAAGGCGAUACUGGCGCUGGUACGGCGGAUAGGUUCAAUCCCGUUCUUGAGCGGGAGGAAAGGUUCAAGUGGUCUGAAGUUCGCCGUGGCGUCUUCAACCUCCAAGUUUGGCUAACAGCUACUGCAUACUUUGCCAUUCUGUCUGGGCUUUACAGCUUUGGUCUUUUUCUACCUACCAUCAUCAACGACCUGAACAUUACCUCUAACCCCAACCAGACCCAACUUUGGUCGGUUAUUCCAUACGCGGUUGCCACCCCGGUCACAGUUGUCAUUGCUUUUGCCUCUGAUCGCCUUAAGCUCAGGGGCGUCAUGAUGCUCUUCACUCUGCCCGUCGCUAUCGUUGGCUACGCCGUUAUCGCCAAUGUCGCCUCUGCCCAAGUUCGUUUUGCUAUGACAUGCUUGAUGGCGAUUGGCAUGUAUAGUAGCGUUCCAUGCGUCCUCGUUUGGAAUUCCAACAACUCUGCGGGGCACUACAAGCGUGCAACUACUUCGGCGUUGCAACUCGCUAUUGCAAACGCUGGCGGUUUUGUUGCUACUUUCGUUUAUCCCUCAAAGGAUAAGCCCUUUUACCACAAGGGGCACACGAUUCUCCUUGGUCUGCUAGUUUAUGCUUGGUUUGCGAUCCUCACCAAUGUGCUUUGGUGUAACAAAAUCAACAAGGACAAAGCCGCUGGGAAGUAUGCAAAAUACGAAGGCUCUGGAGAUGAUAGAGAUCCGGAUUUCAAGAUGAUCUUAGAGCAGAGGAACAUCUACAACAGUGGACAUAAAAGUCCCCAGAGAACAUCAAGAAUAAAGGUCGAAAACGGCGUGCUUAUCAAGCCUUCCAGCGGCCCUUCCUAG